AUGAAACAACCACCACCCACAGCCGACCCACAGGCUCCCGCAUCUGAGGGUUCACCCCUUCAUCUCAUAGCAGACGAUCUGCGUAACACCAGCAACCAGUUCAAUUCUGUGGAUUUCGGGUGUUACUGCUUUUCCUUCUCGCUCAUCGUUUCUUGUGCCAAAGCUGCCCACACCGCAAGAAAGUUUGAACAACCUUCCGAAUGUGACGUGGUUUCAACUCCGACAGUAGAGGACUCCAGAUACCCUCACGCCACCAUGAUUUUGCACAAACCUAUCCUGAACUUCAUUCCCCCCCUCAGCCCUUACAUGUUCCUCUCUCUUUUGCUGGUUCUCCUCCCGGGCGCCACCCGUCUCUCCCAGGGCAGCUCGAGCCAUGAAAAGAUCAGCAGCCCCGCCAGCAAUUGCUCCAGUGAGGACAACUGCACCGACGGUGUGGUGCUGCCCAUGUGGAACCCUCAGAACCCGGCGGUGGGAGACAAAGUGGCGCGCGCCAUUGUGUACUUUGCAGCUCUCAUUUACAUGUUCCUGGGCAUGUCCAUCAUCGCCGACCGUUUCAUGUCUUCUAUCGAGGUAAUCACCUCUCAGGAAAAGGAGAUCACUAUCAAAAAGCCAAACGGCGAGACAACUACAACCACCGUGCGCGUCUGGAACGAGACGGUAUCCAACCUGACCCUGAUGGCGCUGGGCUCGUCCGCCCCGGAGAUCCUGCUCUCUGUCAUCGAAGUGGUCGGCCACAACUUCGAAGCCGGAUCUCUGGGACCCAGCACCAUCGUGGGUAGUGCUGCAUUCAACAUGUUCAUUAUCAUCGCCAUCUGUGUCUACGUGGUGCCAGAGACCGAAACCCGCAAGAUAAAGCACCUGCGGGUGUUUUUCGUCACUGCGGCCUGGAGCAUUUUCGCUUACAUCUGGCUCUACCUCAUCCUGUCCGUGUUCUCCCCCGGAGAGGUGGAGGUCUGGGAGGCAGUCCUCACCUUCUUCUUCUUCCCUCUCUGUGUGCUGCAAGCCUGGAUUGCGGACCGACGCCUGCUCUUCUACAAGUACGUCCACAAGCGGUACCGAGCCGACAAGACGCGUGGCAUCAUCAUCGAAUCAGAGGGGGACGCCAUGUUCACCAAAAUGGACUUGGAAAUGGACGGGCAGGGAGCAAACUCUCACACUCACCCCCAAGAGGCUCUGGAUGGAAUGCUGGAAGGGGUGGAGGAAGGUGGAGGGUCGAGCGCGGAGCAAGAUCAAGAGGAAGAGGCCCGUCGGGAGAUGGCGCGCACCUUGAAAGAUUUAAAACAGAGGCACCCCGAGAAAGACAUGGAGCAGCUGAUCGAGAUGGCCAACUACCAAGUGCUGGUCCAGCAGCAGAAGAGUCGAGCCUUUUAUCGCAUCCAGGCCACACGCAUGAUGAUCGGCGCCGGGAACAUCCUGAAAAAGCACGCCGCUGACCAGGCCAGGAAGGUGGUGAGCUGCCACGAGGCCAGCGGGCAGGAGGAGGAUCCCAACACCAUCUACCUGCAGUUCGACCCGUCUCUUUACCAGUGCUUCGAGAACUGCGGCUCCCUCAAGCUGUCGGUCAGCCGCCACGGAGGAGAAAACGGCUGCACCGUGAAAGUGGACUACAGGACAGAGGAUGGGACGGCCAACGCGGGCUCAGACUAUGAGUUCGCCGAGGGCACUCUGGUUUUCAAACCUGGCGAGACGACAAAGGAGUUCACCGUCGGCGUCAUCGACGACGACAUCUUUGAAGAGGACGAGCACUUCUACGUGCGCCUCAGCAACCCGCGGAUCGUGCACCGGGCCGAGGUCUCCGUCCUGGAGCCCAACUCCAUCACCUCCAGCAACAGCACGGUGGGGGCCUCCUCCCACGUCCCCCCGAAGGCCGCCCUGGGGAACGCCGACAUGGCCACCGUCACCAUCUACGACGACGACCACGCCGGCAUCUUCACGUUCGAGAGCAAGUCCACCAGGGUCAGCGAGAGCGUGGGCAACAUGCAGGUGAAGGUCCACAGGACGUCUGGAGCGAGGGGGAAGGUGGCCGUGCCGUACCACACCGUCGAGGGCACCGCCAAAGCCGGGGAGGACUACGAGGACGUGUCCGGCAAGCUGGAGUUUCAGAAUGACGAGACCAUGAAGAUGCUGAACGUGAAGAUCAUCGACGAUGAAGAAUACGAGAAAAACAAGACCUUCACCAUUGUCCUGGAGGAGCCCGUUCUGCUGGAGGUUGGGCAAAGACACGGAGACACCAAUGAUAACAAGACAGCAGUGGGGCCAGAGGAUGUGUCAAAGAUGGGCUGUCCCUGCCUGGGAGAGCACACCAAGCUGGAAGUAGUCAUUGAGGAAUCUUACGAGUUCAAGAGCACAGUGGACAAACUGAUCAAGAAGACCAACCUGGCCCUGGUGGUGGGCAGCAGCAGCUGGAGGGAGCAGUUUGUUAGUGCCGUUACGGUCAGUGCAGGUGACGAUGAUGAGGAGGAGAGCGGGGAAGAAAGACUGCCGUCCUGCUUUGAUUACAUCAUGCACUUCCUCACCGUUUUCUGGAAAGUCCUCUUCGCCUUCGUCCCACCGACUGAGUACUGGAACGGCUGGGCCUGCUUCUUCGUCUCCAUUUCCCUCAUCGGCGCUCUGACGGCGGUGACCGGGGACCUGGCCUCUCAUUUCGGCUGCACCGUCGGCCUCAAAGACUCGGUCACUGCUGUGGUGUUUGUUGCCCUCGGCACCUCGGUUCCAGACACGUUUGCGAGCAAGGUGGCGGCCAUCCAGGAUCAGUACGCCGACGCCUCCAUCGGAAACGUGACGGGCAGCAACGCGGUGAACGUGUUCCUGGGGAUCGGGGUGGCGUGGACCAUUGCGGCGGUUUACUGGCACACCAAAGGCGAGAAGUUCAGGGUGAACCCGGGCUCGCUGGCCUUCUCGGUCACCCUCUUCACCGUCAUGGCGCUGGUGUGCGUGCUGGUGCUGCUCUACCGCCGGCGGCCCGGCGUGUCCGGCGGAGAGCUGGGAGGCCCACGGACAGCCAAGCUGGUCACCUUCUUCAUGUUCCUCUCCCUCUGGUUCGUCUACAUCCUGCUGUCCUCCUUAGAGGCGUACUGCCAUGUGCCUGGCUUCUGA